AUGUCCGUUGAUAUCAGCCAGGACUUCAGCGACAGCUUUUUCGUGGACGUGAACAGCGAUUGGGGCGAGGACGAGGUGCGCUCCCCACCAGCUGCGGCGGCGACGACUGCAGUGGCACAGACCCAGUCUCAGUUGCAGCAGCAGGCAGCGGAACGCCAAGCCUACCAGCAUACACAGCACGGUCAACAGCAGCCGCUGCUGCAGCGAGUGGCAGCGCGCAUCAAGGCGGCGGCUCGAGGCGCGAUGGCGAGCGGCGGCACGCGGCGGCGCAACGCGACAGUCACCACUCCGCGCACUGCUGGCAAGAAGGCGGCGACCCCAGCAACAGCGCCUGCAGCAGCAGGCGCCGCCCCUGGGGGCAGGACCACCCGUAAUUCCGUCAAGGCGGCGGCCGCUGCUGGGCAGACGCCCAGCGCGGCUGUCGCCAGCCUCAGCGGCAGGAAGCGCGCCGCGGCAGCUGGCGGCGGCGGCGCCGAGAAAGAGAACCAGCCACGGCAGGCGUCUGCCGCAGCCAAGGAGGCAGCGGCGGCAGCUCGACAGGAAGAAGAGGCAGCGGCGAAGGCAGCGCCGCCCAGCAAGCGGCCGCGUCGCGGCGCCAGCGCUUCGCCUGCACCGGCGGCGGCGGCAGUGGCAGCACCAGCCGGCGGCGGCGGCACCAAGGCGGGCAGCGGGCGCAAGGCCAGCGCGCGCAAGGCCGGGGGCGGCAAGCAGCCGCGGCAGCGGGAGGAGGCUCAGGAGGCUGUGGAGGCGGAGGGCGGCCCCACAGCUGUCGGGGCCGAGCGGCAGCGGCAGCAGGAGGCUCAGCCGGUUCUUCGUGCUGCGCAGCAGCAGCAGCAGCGGGAGGAGGAGCCGCUGACGUCCAUGGGGCCGCAGCCCUCGCAGUCUCUGCACGAUAGCAUCCUCAAGAGCCCCUCCCCACCCCGCCGCGCCAAGGCCACUGCAUCGACGGCAGGCGUGGCGCCCAUGGCGGCCCUGCUGGCGGCAGCCGGGGGACCCCAGCCAGCCGCAGCGGCGGCGGUGGACCAGGGUGCCGUGGAUCAACCGGUGCCUGUCCCGCAGCAGCAGCAGCAGCAGGCGGCAGCUGCGGCGCCGGCGGCGGCUGCGGAGCCGGCGGCGGCGGCGGCUGCCAUGCAGCCCGAGGCGGCCAGCGGGGCAGCCGCAGCCCAGGAGCAGCAGCAGGCAGCGGAGGCGGCUGCAGACGCGGCGGCGGGGCACGCGGGAGGCUCCCCGCCGGCGCUUCCUGCGGCCAAGCGGCAGCGCGCCUCGCCAGGCAGGCAGCAGCAGCAGCGGCAGCAGCAGGCGGCAGCAGCGGGUCCGUCGGCCGCUCCUGCAGCGGCGGCCCCGCCAGGCGCGUCGCCGCGGCGGCAGUCGCCCCGCCUCAAGCCUUCACCAGACGCCUCCGACGCCACCGGCAAACCCUCAGGGUCUGUGCGGUUCAACCUGCCUCAGAGCGCCGCCAAGGCCCCCAGCGUGGGCGGCGCAGGCGAUUCGCCCGGAGCCAGCACAGCCGCCACCCCUGCCAACAAGACGGGCACCGGCGGCGGCGGCGGCGCGGCUGCGGAGCCAGCGGCAGAUGCCUGGUGGGACCCUUUGGAUGCUGAGAAGGCGAGCAGGGGGCGGUCUUGUGUGCGAGCCGCCAAGGCCGCUCUCCACGUCGGCAGCUACGCCCAGGGCAGCACCCCGGCGUGCCGCGAGAAGCAGGCGGCCGCCGUGGGCGGCUGGCUGGGGCACCAGCUGGCGCAGCGCCGCGGCGGCUCCAUCUACCUGAGCGGCCUGCCCGGCACCGGCAAGUCGCUGACCGCCCACGAAGUGGUACGCCAGUGCUGGCGCCAGCCUGGCGGUACCGCCGCUCCCGACGGCGGCAAUGACGACGGCACCCGGGAGGCGGCAGAGGCAGGGGGCGCCCAACUGCCCCCGCCUGCCCUGAUCUCAAUCAAUUGCAUGAGCAUCACAGACCUUCGGCAGGUGGCGGAGCGCAUCCUGCUGGGCUACUCCCUCGCCUGCUCAGCGCCGCACCCAGGCACGCUGCGGCAUCGGUGUGGGGCUGGGCGGCUGCUUGGCGCGGCGGGCAAGGCGGCGCUGGCGGCGGGGCAGGACCCCAUCCAGUACCCCACGGCAGCAGAGGCCGGCGGCGCCGGCGGCGCCGCCGACGGCAAGGCCCGCCGACGCAGCGGCGGCGACCCGCUGCAGCAGCUGCGCCGCCUGGACCUGGUGGAGUGCCUGUUUGCGCUGGCCGCCGCUGACCGCUCCCGCCUGCUGCUGCUGGGCAUUGCAAACUCGAUAGACCUGGUGCAGCAGCUGAUGAGGCCGGGGGGCGCGCUGCACGUGCUGUACCAACGGCUGGGCUGCCUGCCGGGCCGCGUGUUUGAGCCGAAUGCCAUCGAGCUGUGCUCACGCAAGAUGGCCAACGGCAACGGCGACAUGCGGCGCGCGCUGGAGGCCUGCUCCCAGGCCCUGGACGCACAUGUCAGGGAGGCGCAGCAGGCGCAGCAGGCGGAGGCAGAGGCGGCCGAGGCAGCAGCGGGGCCCAGCGCCGCCGUCGCGGCGCCUUCCGCAGCGGCGUCAGCGGUGGCGCCAGCGGCGGAGGCAGCCGCGGCGCCAGCGGCGGAGGCAGCCGCGGCGGCCAGCCAGCGGUUUGUGGGCAUGCGGCCGAUGGCGGCGGCGCUCUCCCGCAUCACAGGCGGCAUCGGCCGUGGCAACGACAACGUGCGCGCGAUCCGGGCGCUGCCGCCGCAGCAGAAGCUGCUGGUGUGCGCCGUGGGCAAGCUGCUGGGCGACAGCCUGGGCAGCCGCGGCCUGCCCGUGCGCCGCCCCGCGCCCAUGCCGACCCCUGGCAGCAGCCGCAAAGCCGGGGGCGGCGCCGCGGCCGCCAGCCGCGCCCGCGCCGCCUUCAUGUCGCCAGCCAAGAGCAGCGCCUCCAGCCGGCAGAGCAUGGGCAGCCUGGUGAGCGGCGGCGCCAGCGCAGCCUCUGGCAUGCCGCGCAGCCGCGAGGUGGGGAUGGAGCCGUACAGCACCGGCGAGUUCUGUACCGCUUGUGAGACGCUGCAGGACCUGGGCCUGGUGGGCCUGGCGGCGGCGCGGGAGGGCAAGUGGCGGCGCGUCACGCUGCGGGUGCCGGAGGACGAUGUGGUGUUGGCGCUGGCGGAUGUACCGGUGCUGAAGAACGUGGUGGGCGCCUAG